UAUUGAUCAUGCAAUGCAAAUCCCGAAUUCGUCCUGGUAUAUCCCUUUAAGAAAGUGGAGCGAGGAAGGGAAAGUGGGCGCGGCGUGAGACCCGCCCGUCCCUUUUAACCUCUGGCUUGCCAGAGCUGUAAAGCGGAGUCGAGUAGCUGAGCCGAGUGGUUGGAACUUUGCUCGAGAGAUGGAAAGAGGUAUAAAUAAAUAAAAUUCCGGGCCACCACCCAAGAAGGGAGGAGUGAAAGCUCGUGACGAAGAAGAAGAAGUGGGUGAAAGAGAGAGAGAGAGAAGGGAGUGUGAGAAGCGGACAAAUGAAAGGAGAGAGAAAAGAGGAAAUUUUGCUGGGGAUUUCUGAGAACUGCGAGCGAACUUCCCGGACCUAGCUACACAAAAGUGGCGACAGGAUCCAACUGCAAACGCCAGGGAAGGAUAUACGCGUUUCGUGGCUCUGGUUCACUUGGCACUGCCUCUUGGCGGAGGCAGCGGAUCGGGGCGACUACAAAAGCAGGAAGAACGACAGGACAGUCCUGUGAGUCACCCCGAGCUGUGGGGGAAAGGAAAAGGACUUUGGAGUGUUUUCUUUGCAAAGAUGCCCAUCCUCAAGCAGUCCCCUGUCUCCCAAUCCAAGAAGCGGCCGCGUUUGGACCGGGCCAUGAUCAGCGCCCCCUUGGGUGAUUUCCGGCACACGAUGCACAUCGGCCGUGGGGGAGAUGCUUUUGGCGACACGUCUUUCCUCAGCAACCACGGGGGCUCCAAGGCCAACGGGCUGCCUCCCGAUGUGUCCCCUGGGGCCUUCUCUAGCCCUGGAGAUGCCCGCUUUGAACUGUUGUCUCCCCCCGGGAGCGGAAACGGCAUAGUCCAGAGCCCGGCGACAUCGACCCCAGAUGGCAGCUUCGUGGCCCUGCAGACCCCGGAGAAGGCAGAGCGGCAGAAACCCUGUAACGGAAGGGACUGGGACCUGCCCCAGAAGUUCCCCUUGGAGAGCCCCACAUUGGAACAUGCCGAAUCCUUCCUCUCUUUCCAGUUGGACUUGGGGCCUUCCAUCUUGGACGAUGUGCUGGGAGUGAUGGACAAAGACUGGGACAGCAUCAGAGGGCAGGAACAGGAACCGCUGAGGGUCGGAAGCUCCAGCCCAAAGGGGCACCUCCAUCGUGGUGGUGAAGAAGAUGAGGAGGAGGGGGAGGAGGAAGAAGAAGAGGAGGAGGAGGAGGAGGACGACGACGAAGGGCAGGGCUACAGUUUUGAGGAUGAACAGGAUGAAGAGAUUGGACUAUAGGAAAGAAGAAGAGCGGUAUUGGUUUUGAUCGCUUUGAUUUCUCUAGCUUCCCCCACCCCAGCACUCCUCCUGCCCUCUUUUUGGCAGAAUUUCUCAGCCCCUCUGAUGUGAGUUGGUCUAUGGGCCAAACGUUGUCUGCAGAUGACUGCCAGUUGACCCAUCCCAAAGAUCCACUGAUCUCAAAUCUCUCAUGGAUGUGUUCAGGAGGAAAAUGGACAGGGGCAGGCAGGCAGGCUGCACCUCCAGUGUGAUUCUUGCCGUCUCCCUUCUCUUGUGAGAGAAAAGCACUGUGCAACUGAGAAAACACACACACACACACACACACACACACACACUGACCAAUUACUGUACUCCCUCCCUAGGCAUGGGAUGAUACAGAUAUUUUGAUGAACUAAAAAUGCAUCUUGGUUAUAAGGCGUUUCAGAAUCCCAGGUUGUGCACCACUGAUACCAUCUCUGUCUCACCUUUCACUUCUCCGUUGUUUUAUGCAACCAUCCAUCAGGCUACCUUGCGAAGGACGAUUCCAUCUCCUGCACUUGUACUGUUGGUUUCGGUCUCUAAACCCAAAACUGUUUUUUGAGAAUGCUGGAAGGACAGGCAGGCUGAUAACUUGACAGAUGGGUUGGAAAUAAAUUGGCAUGUUUAUGGAAGGAUGGAGGGAAGGAAGAUGCACAUAUAUUCUGAAGUACCUGUCCAGCUAUUUAGCCAAUCAUUAUAUUGUUUUUCUUACCCCACUAGCAUAUUCAGCAGUGUGAAGUUAUCCCUCUGUUUAUUUGCCUGUCAACCAUUUUCUUUUCAUCUCAUCCACUCCUUGACCCUGGUGCUCUUCUGUCUGUCCAGAUACCCAUUCACUGACCACUUCUUUCUCUUCAUUCAGUACAUCAGUGUAUCUGUAUAUCCAGCAGCAGCAGGACUGACAACACUGCAAGUCCUCCAGGGCUGGCCCUGCUAUUGGGGAGAGUGAAGGGGCUGCUUCAGGCAGCAGAUGCUGAGGGACAGAAGCUGCAGGCCUUGGCUAUUCCUCCUGAGCCAGCAGACAUCCCCCCUGUGUUGCCAUGUGACCUGCCCUGAGCGCCUUAAUCUGGCUUGCUCCCUUGG